UAUGUUGGCAUUGAAUCAGUAUCAUAUGUAACCAAAACAGAGCAAGAGCUAUAAUAAUUCAUACAGUGAGUCAUCAAGCAUGGCUCUUUCUCGUGCCCUCAUCCUAGUUGCUCUAACUGCAACCAUCUUCUCAACCGUAGCUGUGGCAAAAGAUUUCGUGGUUGGGGAUGACAAUGGCUGGACAACUUGGUUUGAUUAUAAAGCUUGGGCAGCAAACAAGGUCUUUCGUGUUGGGGACACACUUACAUUCAAGUAUCCUGCUUGGAAGGACAAUGUGAUCAGGGUGAAUGGAACUGACUUUGUGAAAUGCUCGGUUCCUUCAACAGCACAAGUGUGGAGCAGUGGACAUGAUACGAUCGUAUUGACAAGCAGUGGCAGAAGAUGGUACAUUUCUGGUGUUGGUGACCACUGCAAAUCUGGCCAAAAGCUUGUCAUAAUUGUGCUUCCACCAGAAGCAGCGUGGUCUCCUUCACCUUCACCUGUACUUGGUGAAGUAGCACUAACACCUACACCCGCACCAGCAGCUGUACUUGCUGAAGUAGCACUAACGCCUGCACCCGCACCAGCACCAUGGACUGCUCCCGUUACUGUAUCUGCUGAAGUAGUACUAACACCUGCACCCGCACCAGCACCAUGGACUGCUACUGUUUCCCACUUCGGUCGAUGGAAGCCGAAGAAGCUAUUCAAAAUAUUUCAGUAA